AUGCUGGACGCACCCGCGGCCAACUCACCACCGGCGCUAGCCAAAGCUCGACUAGCUGCGGCCCAGGAGAUACUCAAGGACCGCUUGGACAGGAUCCUGCUUAUUCUGGACGUCGUCGAGGAGCGCAAGCUGUUGGUGGCAUGCACUCGCUGCAGACACUAUACACCGACGCUCGCCAAGGCUAGACUUGAAGCAGCUAAGGAGAUACUCAAGGGACCGCUUGAACAAGAUCCCGAGGCCCGCAACAUAGUGCUAACAACAGCAUGCCACCACCUCCGCGUGCACCUGGCGCGGCGCGACGAACUGUCUCAAUGCGCCGAAAUGCUCGGCGAACUGGUCUCCCUGCUGUGGAAGAAGGAAGAUCCGGACGAGGCGGUGGAUCCGGACGAGUUAGAUCCGGACGUGGAUGUGCUGUGUCUGAACACGCUGGAUGUGCUUGUGGAGACGGUGCUGCAUUUGAUUGGUGGAAACUCGCCAGUACUGGAAGAUCCGGACGAGGCGGUGGAUCCGGACGAGUUAGAUCCGGACGUGGAUGUGCUGUGUCUGAACACGCUGGAUGUGCUUGUGGAGACGGUGUUGCAUUUGAUUGGUGGAAAUUCGCCAGUACUGGUUUGUGUACUUUGCUCUUAUCCAUCAAUAUGUUGCUACGAUAGUCUGCUAACUGAAAUGCUCGGCGAACUGGUCUCCCUGCUGUGGAAGAAGGAAGAUCCGGACGAGGCGGUGGAUCCGGACGAGUUAGAUCCGGACGUGGAUGUGCUGUGUCUGAACACGCUGGAUGUGCUUGUGGAGACGGUGCUGCAUUUGAUUGGUGGAAAUUCGCCAGUACUGGGGUCAAUGGUAGCCGGUCUACUCGGCUGUAUGGAACUACUGAAGCCAGCCCACUACCAGAGACUGUGGAGCCAUCUAGCGCCACACCCGCAGGACCGAAAGCCGCUCAAAGAUUUCCUCAUGCGUGCCUUUCUGGUGUUCCGACAUCUUAUUGAACAGGAUGUUUUCCCGGCCGACUGGAUGGUGUUGCGAGUACAAAGCUGCAAAGUACUGCUAUCCGCAUUGCAAGAUUUGGCUAAGCCUUUAUUGGAGAGGUUCUUGGGUGACGAACCUCCUCAAUUCGAUUCUCAGCUGUGGUCGGGGUACAUGGAGCUGGGCGUGGCGCUGGUGACGUCGGGCGCGCUGACGCCGGAGCGCUGGGCGGGGCGCGGGCCCGAGCGCCCGCGCAUGCGCGCCGCCGCCGGCCUGCAGGUGCUCGCCGUGUGGGGCCGCCUCGGCAAAGCACAACUGCACCUUGUACCAGGCGCAGUCGGCGCCCUUCUAGAGAUCACUCUAGUUGGCGAGCUCCGCCGUGCCGCCCUAGGCGCUCUAGUGUCACUCAUGGCCAUGGAGCGAGAAGCUACCGGCUCAGCACGACGAACCGAGGCUGCACUCGUCGACAAACUCGACUCACUUGUCGCUGACAACAAGGCGGAUGACCACUACCGGAGAUUGUUCGACUGCGUACUUAUGGAGCGCGUCUCAACCGAGGGUUGGCGCGAGGCUGGUGCGGCGUUCGUAGGCUGCGUGACUCGCUUACUGGAGCGGUUGCUCGACUACCGAGCCGUCAUGCAGGGCGCCGAACACCGCGACAAGAGAAUGGCCGCUACCGUCAACCUUCUUAGUUUUUACAAAAACGAGAUCGACCGCAAGGAAAUGUACUUACGCUACGUGUACAAACUGCACGAUCUGCACAUCGCGUCGGAUAACUUUGUUGAAGCCGGGUGCACGCUCUUGCUAUACGCAGAAACAUUGAGUUGGGAGAGCGACCAAGUUGGAGUUGACCCAGAAUAUCCUGAAACACCAGAAUGGAAGCGAAAGGAAGCUCUAUACAAUCAAGUCUUACAAUACUUUGAUCGCGGAAAGUGCUGGGAAAAAGGUCUACCACUUCUGCGAGAGCUAGCAAACCUCUACGAACAGAAACUCUGCGACUACGCUCGUCUGGCUCACUGCCUCCGCACCCAUGCGACUUUCCUCGACUCCAUACUGACCCAACUACGCCCGGAACCAGAGUAUUUCAGAGUCGGGUUCUAUGGAAAAGGAUGUCCGCUGUUUGUGAGGAAUAAGCAAUUCGUGUAUCGCGGCUACGAUUACGAACGAAUCGGCGCGUUUACGCAACGCUUGCAGUCGGAAUACGUCGCUGCACAUAUUAUGAUGCGCAACACACCUCCCGAUGACUCCAUCAUCGCUAACGACUCGCAAUACAUCCAGAUCUGCAACGUGAAGCCCGUGGCAGCGCGGCGGCAGUGGGGCGCAGGCGCGCCCGAGCAAGCGCGCCGGUUCUACGCCUGCAACGACGUCAACACAUUCCUGUGCGACCGGCCACUGCACAAGCCGCCCAUAGACAAGGACAAUGAGUUCAAGAGUCUUUGGAUUGAAAGGACGACGCUGGUGACCGAAAACACGCUUCCCGGCAUAUUGAGAUGGUCUGAAGUUGUAUCAAGAUCAGUUGAAGAAAUUCCACCUGUUGAAUUCGCCUGCGAAACCAUGGAGUCAACCGAGCGUGAACUCCGAGGCCUUAUAUCACAGUACACCGCCGACCCCGCGCGCAACCUCAACCCCUUCUCCAUGCGCCUGCAGGGCACCAUCGAUGCCAACGUGCAGGGCGGCAUCACUAAAUAUGAACAGGCCUUCCUUACGUCAGAGUUUGCGAGGACGGCCACCCCUAGAGAAGCAGCGGCGGCUGCUAAGUUGAGACGGCUAGUGGCGUCUCAGUUGGCUGUGGUAGAUGCUGGAUUGGCUCUGCAUGGAAGACUGGCGCCUGAAGAUGUUAAGCCGUUACACAGGCGACUGGUGGAACGAUUCAAUCAACUGAGGCAAAACCUUGGCCCUGGCUUGGCCAGAGCAAGGCGGCAGCUGUCGGAAAGCAUUGUUAACACUCCGCUACCUCCGGUGCCGCAGAUGGAUAAACGAUCUCAGAGUAUACAACAGAAUGACAACUUCUAUGAAGAUGGUCAUCUUUAUAACAAGCCUAUCUACUCGCUAGAAGACUGCGUCGAGCAGCGAACGGAGAGCAUAAUGUCAACGAGUCUACCCCUGGGCGGUGAAAAGAGUGAUGGUGAUGACUCGAUGAUCAAGUCCGCGCCUCCCCUACCGACGAGGCCCAAGUCUGGUGACCCCAGGAGUCCUACCAGGCCUCCGCUUGACAAGUAUCGUGACUCGCUGGACGGCGAGGCGGUGGAGACCCGGCGCCACAGCCGCGCGUCGUGGAGCGAGCCCGGCGACGCGCCGCCAUUACCACCACGCGUUUCAGGUUCUGGUCGAUCAUGGACGGAGGCGCCACCGGCAGUCCCGCGGCGGGCGCGCGACGAGCCCCCGCGCGCGGGCGAGGCUCGCGGCGACGACGCGCGCGACUCCGGCGUCAGCGUCGGCCACGCCGACCACCCCUACACCAACUCCAUGGACCACCGCCGCCACCACGAUUUCGACCUGACCGUGGAAUCCCUCCGCUACGAGGAAAUAAUCUCAAUGAUGUCGGAGCCUCUCCGCGUGGACGAGGGCGAGACUCCGCCGCCCAUCCCGCCCAAGGGGCUCGGCCACCUCAGCAGCUUCGACUCCGGCCAUCAUGAAAACGGCGAGACCAACUGCUAAACCCUACCUGGGUAAGGCCACUAGGCACUGGUCCCAUCACGGCGAGAAAAACGAACAAAAGAUAAGCACUCCCAUGUAAA